ACGCCGUCGUUGUUGUUGUUGUGCCGUUCUUAAUUCUCCGUAAAGCACCUCGGUUCAAGGCGCUAUAAAAUACAUUCCUUUAAGACGAGAUGAAUGAAAUUGGUCCACACUUCACACUGCCCCCUUACCCACUCACCACCUCCCAUCCCCUCCGACGUCUCAGCCAUGGAGUGGAAAACAACAUCAUCAUCAUCAUCAUCACCGUCUUCGUCACCACCAUCACCACCACCGCCAUCAAACGCCACCCACACCCUCGACUCCUCCUCCUCGGACCUCAUCCUCAUGUCCACGCUCUUCCGAGACCCCCCCGCCGCUCGCUACUCGGCCUUCUCUGCCCUCCUCCUCAUCUACACAUUCACGGUGGCUGCCAACGCGACGCUCGGCCUCAUCAUCUGCCUCGAGUCCAAACUCCACCGGCCCAUGUACCUGCUCAUGGCGCUGCUCACGCUCACUGAUGUCGCCGUCGUCACGAACGCUCUGCCGAGGAUCAUGGCCAACCUCGUGGCGCGCAAUCGCAUCUCGCUGCUCGAGUGCGUCGCACAAAUGUUCGUCUACCACGUCGCCAUCCGCCUGCAGGCGUUCAUCCUCGUCGCGAUGUCGCUUGAUCGCUACGCGGCCGUCGUUCACCCGCUGCGCUACGGAGCCCUCGCGUCGAACGCGCGCGUCCUCCGCUCCAUCCCGGUUCUCAUCGCCGCCGCCGUGUUGCCCGUGCUCGCCUACGCCAACGUGGCAAGCCUCGACUACUGCCGACCGAUGGUGCUGCUCGCCCCGUGCUGCCAGGUCACGUUCCUGAGCUCGCUCGCGUGCACCGAGACGCGCUCCUACACCGCCCUCUACUACACGAACCUCACGACGGGACUCGCGCUGCCCCUCGUAGUCAUCCUCGCAUCGUACGCGCUCAUCUUCCGCGAGCUGCACCGCGGAGGAAGAGGAGGAGGAAGAGGAGGGAGAAGAGGUGGAGGUGUCGGCAAGGCAGCGGUCCACUCGUGCGUGACGCACUUCGCCGUCAUCGCCGUCUCGUUCGGCUCCGUCUUCUUCACUUUCUUCAGCAGUCUCCAGCUGGCGAUGGGUCUACCCGGCGACCUCGUGGUCGUGUUCCAGACGCUGCAGUACUUCGCCCCGCCCGCCCUCAAUCCGCUCAUCUACGGCCUGCGCACCGCCGACAUCCGUCGGAGUCUCGCCAAGGCGUUCGGGAGGCGGCGCGUGGCGCCUCGGGCGAGGGUGGUCGCGUGA